AAUCCAGCGGACUGCUGCAAGCGCAUACUCGGACCCGGCAUGGGAGCGCACUGCAGAGUAAGCUGGGUAGUGAAACGAAUUCUCCACAGUAGAGCCUCGCAGUGGGUGUGGGAGAAUGUCAGUUUUCGCGUGCUGAAUACCCUUUCUAGUAUUUUGAUGGUGACUCAAAUACAGUAGCCUACUAUGAUCGCCGUUUUCUCGCCGUGCACUGUUGAGUUACGCCUGUUACUGGCGCUUCUGUGCGUUGCAUGCCAUUGCUCACCGGUAUCGAAGUGGGAAGCAAGUCAAGCUGAUGUCGAGGGCUUCCUCGAGAGGUAUGGAUACCUGCACCAGAGCGAUCACAGGCACAAUGCUGCAGAGCUCAAGUCAGCCGUUGGGGAGUUCCAGUGGCUUUCCCACUUGCCAGUCACCGGCAGCCUGGACAGCGCCACCCUGGGGAAGAUGGCAGCGCCGCGUUGCGGGGUGAAAGACGGUGGUAGUCAUCGAGCCUGGGCGAAGAGGGUCAACGCCAUCUUCACAGGAGGCAGCGGCGGUGGGGGGCACCUGCGCAGGAAGAGAUACAUACAGACAGGUGACAAGUGGUACAAGCGUCACCUGACCUACCGCAUCAAGAACUGGCCGCGGCACCUAUCCCAGAAGUCUGUGCGCUCGGCGGUUCGGACGGCCUUCCAGCUGUGGAGUAAUGUGUCAGGCCUGGUGUUCCAGGAGGUGGUCCUGGACGCACCCACCGACAUACGGCUGGCAUUCUACGAGGGCGAGCACAACGACGGCUCCGGGAACGCCUUCGACGGGCCAGGAGGUGCCCUGGCCCACGCCUUCUUCCCGUGCCGCGGCGAGGCCCACUUCGACAUGGCGGAGCGCUGGACGCUGAACGGGCUGAAGGGGCACAACCUGUUUCUGGUGACGGCGCACGAGAUCGGGCACACGCUGGGCCUGGAGCACUCGCCUGUGCGCCACGCUCUCAUGUCGCCCUACUACAAGAAGCUCGGCCGCACCCUGCUGCUCAGCUGGGACGACAUCAACGCUGUGCAGCAGCUCUACGGGAAGCCCCCCGGUGGCCAACUAGUGCAGCUGCCCGGCAAGGAUCUGAGCUGGGUGAUGCAGGACUGGGACAAGGCAGAGAGUACGGAUCAACCACACUACUGUAGCGGGGUGUUUGAUGCCAUCACCAUGGACCAGAACCGCACGGUGCUUGUGUUUCGCAGUAAUUUAUUCUGGACGGUGACCCCUGAGGGUACGCCGAGUUCCCCCACCUCCCUCCAGCAGCGCUGGCCUGAACUCCCAUUGGCCAUCGAGGCAGCAGCCUUCUCCCCAUUGGACGGGAAGUUAUACUUCUUUAAAGGCAAGCGGAUGUGGCGCUACACGGACUCCUCGCUGGAUGCCGGCUUCCCCAAGAAGAGCAGCGAAGCGCAGCUCCCGCACCACCCGGACUGCGCCUUCUUCUACGCGCCGCUCGGACACAUGGUCGUCUUCAAGGGCUCGCGCUACUUCGUGCUCAAUCUGACCACGCUGCGCGCCGAGCCCUACUACCCCCGCGGCCUGGCCGACUGGAAGGGUGUGCCGCGGGGGGCCAACGGCGCCGUGACCCGGCCCGACGGAAAGCUGUUCCUCUUCAGGGAGCAGCGGUUCUGGCGGUUCGAGCCGAAGAAAGUGCGGGUGACGGGCGCCGGACAGUGGGCCAAGGAGCUGGAGUGGACUGGAUGCCGCAGACCUCUGAGCAAUGAGAUCAACUAACGAGCGCGAGGAGGACUCUGAGCCACGACUGAGCCAAAACCCAGAGCUGUGGAGGGAGAUGUUGAUGUGACUGUACGACUGGGUCAGGGCCUGCUAUGUCUACAUCAGUGGAAGCUGUGGCAGAGCCUCUAGUAGGCUACCUGAAGCCGAAGCCAAACCCUGUAGAUCCUUAUAAGGGCUGUGGACUAAUGGGCUUCAGAGAAUCUACACUACAUCAUCUCCCCCAGUCAGGCCUCUCAAAACAGAUAACUUCUGAAAGACUCCUCUUAUAACAAAAAUAAUAUUUAAGGCUGGCUCAUUUUCCUUGACCAGUACUGUGCUUUGUGGUCUGGGCAGUGCCUCUGGCCAGGGACGUGUGGUUUGUGGUGUAAUAGACUGGACAUCCUCUCUGCUCGUUUUAGGAGGGAACUGUGAUUCAGCAGACUCAGUGCCAGUGCAAGAGAAGCACCGUACAACCUCCUCACAGGAGAUCUCCUAAGCCCUGAGGAUGGAGCUUAUUACUUCACUAUAAAAAUGUUAUAGAUUAUAAAUCUCUGAAAUGCUGAAAUGACAAUGACAAACACAUACUUUCACCAUGUUUGGUUAGGGCUGUGCUAUUGAGUUGGUCCCCACUAGCCUAUGAUGAAACACAGAUCACUGCCGAGGAUGGAAAACAAGUCAGCAGCCAGUGAAUCUAAUAGUGAUACAAGCAAGCAUCACAUGUAAAACGCGCACGCACACACACACACACACACACACACAGCCACUGAUGACAAAACACAUAUAUUGUCCUUUCAGGGGAGCGAGCCUUCACUGCGGUCACAGACAUGGGUCAGGAUAGUCUCCUCAGCUGCUCCAGUGCCAUAGCAACAGGAUUCUCAGGAGUCUCACUGCGGGGAGGCAGGCAGGGCUCCCACAUUCACAGAAAUCCCAGAAAAGUCAUGGAAUUGUAAAAAUGCCUUGCCUGGAAGGAAGUUGCCUAGCCUGGAAUUAAGUCAUGGAAUUCAGUAAAAUUCAUUGAAAGUUUUGGGAAAAAAUCAUGACCUUUGGUUUUGUUCAUUUAGAGCUAAUGAAAUGAAUUAUUUGAAAAAGGAUGUAAAUUAUUGCUGUUUAAAUUAUUUUGAUUCAAUAAUAAGGCUCAAGCUUUGGCGAUAACUACACAAUGUUUUGUACUUGUUGGUGGGGAAAGGUCAUUGAAAGUUCCUUAAAUGUAAUUGAAAAGUCAUGGAACUGUUCUAAAAUGUCAUUGGAAAUGAGUGGGAACGACCGUCUAUGGUGGGAACCCUGCUGAGGGGGGUUGACCACACACCCCUGCAUUUGUCAGGCUGUGACCAUGUGUUGUGUAUGUGAAUGGUUAUAAAGAGGACACAUUCUGACCUGCAGCUUGAACUCUCAACUCUGCUGUUAAGCACAUGUACAUUGUGUUAAUACUCUUUUAAAUUGUACAGUAUGCAAGUGAAUAACAAUGUGCUCUAUCAGCAAACGUGGAAAACUGACUUAUACAAUGACAUGAAUGUGAACUAAAUGAACAGAUUAUUUGCGUUAUCUCAUGUCCCAGUAAGGUCAUGUCAUUGUAAUCUCCAGACAUAUAACAAUAAAAUAAUUUCAUAAAACA